GAAUCAAGCUCUGAAAUUUCCUGCAAUAAAUCCUCCAAUUAUGCCCACGCCGGAAGUUUUGUGAUUCAAAAGGAAGUUCUUCAUAGCGAAUUUUUGUUAAGCAAUGUUGGGAACAAUGUUUUGACAGGUUCAAAUGCUUGGAAUAGAGCAUUAGGUGGGUUUAGUAGAACUAUUCCUGAGAAAUGUACAUUAUUGAAUAAAACAGAAUUUCAAACGGAUUCAUUAUAUACUGCGGCUACGAUGGCUAAUGUUAAAAUUGAG